CAGUUUGACAAUUUCAGAAAACAACAAACAACACACCGGAAAACGGACGCGCAUUACUAUUCGAGCGAGUUUUAUUCAAGUAUUUUGGUGGUUUUAGUUACGAAUCACGCACAAAAAUGGCCUACGAUGCAACACAUGAUGAUGGACCAGGUUUCGUAGGGAUCCGGUUCUGUCAGGAAUGUAACAACAUGCUCUACCCCAAGGAAGAUAAGGAAAACAAAAUUCUCCUCUAUGCUUGUCGCAAUUGUGAUUACAAGCAGGAAGCAGAUUCGAACUGUAUCUACGUAAACAAAAUCAUGCACGAAAUCGAUGAGUUGACACACAUUGUACCAGAUGUGAUAUCGGAUCCCACGCUACCGCGCACUGAGGAGCACGCUUGCCCGAAAUGUUCUCAUCGUGAAGCGGUGUUCUUCCAGGCACAGACCCGGAGAGCUGAAGAGGAAAUGAGACUGUACUACGUAUGUACCAACUCUUCUUGCUGUCAUCGGUGGACAGAAUGAGUUUCAUGUGUCUAUUGCUUGAUUGGAUUCUCGUGGAAGUAUUAAUGAUAAAAUAAAUAUUUUAUCAAAUACGUAUUCCUUUACCAACGAA